UUCUAUUUGUAAAACAUAAUCAUUGAAAUAAACAGAAUCCGUGUUUUUCAGGCACCAAAGUGAAUCCUGUUUGGGACUGGGGCCCAAUCGUCCCCUGAUUCCUGACAAGAUGUCCUCCAGAUCUCCAUCGUUUGGCCUGGCAGCAUCAUGAGCGGGAGUGCGAAGGGGAUUCUCCUCUCUCCACCGAGGGAGUAAGGAGGACAGAGAAGAAGAUAAAAGAAGGAGCAGAAAAGGACUGCAAAUAGAAGAAGAGGGAGAUAAGAAAAGAGGAGCAUGCUGUGAAUCCCUCUUCCUCGCUCCAUUUUGCAGAGCUCCUCUGCUUCUUCAUCACUUGAACCUAUGGCUCCCAAAGUGGGACCCUCCGCUCAGAGCGCCGGCAGCCUCCUCUGGGUGCUGCUGUGGCCCCUGCUCUGUGCUCUGGUCCUGGCUGGAGGCUCCACGGUGAGCCACGAGGACUCCAAGAGCCCCGCUGCUACAUCAACACCACAGGACUGGACCGGCACGGCAAUCCGGCUGCAGCCGGACCUGCAGACCGAGACCCUGGUGCCGACGGAGGCUCAGACGGAGGCUCAGACGGAGGCUCAGACGGAGGCUCUGCCAACUCAGAGCACCACCAGCAACUAUACAGGUCUGUCCUGCACCCCCGUCCUGCCGCCGCGUCGGGGUUCCUUCUACGUGGAGACCGGCACGGGCAUGUCGAUCGGCAGCGUGUUGGCCUUCUGGUGCAAGGAGGGAUACCAGCUGGUCGGCAGCGACAAAAUCUACUGCCAUGUCAGGAACGGCAAACCGCAGUGGAGCAACUACCUGCCUGUCUGCGAAGCGAUCCCCAGACCGGAGGACCGCGGUCGGAGGGUGGCCGUGUUGGCUUCAGUGGUGAGUGGCAUCGUCAUCCUCGCCAUGUCCCUGUCCUUCCUCAUCUGCUGCCUGCAGGAACGGUCCAGUCGGUACCGGGCCAAGAAAGAGGGGCGGAUCAGGCGCAGAGACAAGCGCUCGUCCCGUCGCAGCGAAUGCUGGUUGGAGAGAGAAGAGGGCCAGUGGGAAGCCUUCCCUCCUCCCAAGAUCUUCCAUCUCUCCCAGAGGAUGAACCCCCGCCUGGCUCCGGACAGCCCGCUCUACCUCACCGCGGGGCUGGGUGGAUAUGAGAACCGAGGAUACCAGAGGAGUCAGGAGAGUUUGCUGAAGGCCUCCCUGCCCGGACUCUACCGCUCCGAGUCUCAGCUUUACCCACACGUCGUCCUACAGAGGGUGCCGACUCCAACGGCACCAUCCGCCCCUUCUGCUCCGUCCGCCCCGCUCUACCUCCACCUGCCCCCCUCGGCCCCAUCGCCUGCCCACGCGACCGCCAGCGCUCAGCCCCACAGCAUGGCGCAGUACCCCACGCCGACGUAUCCGCCCCACCCGAACACACCGGUUCCUGCGUACCACCCGACACCAGCGCCCAUCUACCCCAACCCCAACCCCACACCACAGCGGCCGUGGCAGUAGCCAUUCCUUCAGAGCCGUUUGGAGAGACCCCUCCUCAUCCCCGGAUAGGGCAGCAAAUGAAAAGCAAAACUGGAAAUACAGCCAGCUUCGCGGUCCCUUCUUUUACUGCAUGCUUGCUGAACUUCUCCUGCAUUUUGGACUUAACAGGAACUGAAAUAAACACUUGAUGUUUCCUGUUCUUAAUUAUUGGUGAACUGCUGCUGCUGCUGCUGCAGCUUCCUCUGCACCCUUCAAGAGCAGCCUUUAGCCAUCAGAAACGAGAAGAAAGCUUCAAGUAGCCGGCCCGAGAAGACAAAACUCUUUAAGGUGAGCAGUUCACAGGUGACAUUUAUAAAAGAGAUGAAGGUUCUCAAAGGACUUUGACAAUGGCCACCACUUUUUAGGCAGCUAUAGGCAGAAAAUGAUCCCUAUCGGUCUUCCUGAAGUCCUCCUCUCUAGACAUUAUAUAUAUAUAUAUAUAUAUUAAACACCAGAAUCUUAAACUAAAUGUGAAGGAAAACGUUUUUUCGCUGUCUUUACUGCAGCAACUUAUUGUGUCCCAGUAUUUUUAGUUUUAUUCCCUGGUGGAUUUGGUAACAUGGAGAGUAUACAAGUGUACUUGGCUGAAAAGCCGAGCUGGGUUAAAUAAUGACUGAAAAUACUUAUCACAACUUGACUUAAUUUAAGGCUUACAGGUAGGUUCAGAUAAUAAGAUGAAAGACUAAUUUAAAUAAAACGUUGCAUUAAGUUUGUCCUUGAUGCAAGAGAAAAAUAAAAAUGCACAGCCAUGUUUGAGCAGCAAGGUGGAGAAACGUCUGGGCCGUUUUGACUUUUGGACCUUUAUCAUCCCCGUGGUCUACUGUAUAUAAAAUACAUGCAUUUUAAUUAUAAACUGUCUCGAAGCCCCUGUAAUUGCUUUAGUCAGUUUACACUCUAGCUGUGAGCAGUCUUAUUUUUUAACGAAGGACUAAAGUAGACACACUAACAAAUCUGCACUUUACACUUUUUGAAGAGGGAAUUUUGAAACCUGAAAACGAAUUAUUGUAUACAAUAAUUAUAAUACUGCCAUAAAAGCUGAAUAAAGCUAAAAAUUUGUUUAGUUGAACAGUU